CGAGACAUGGCAGCUCCAGCUUCGAAAGAAUUGAAUGUAGAGCCUUCUGAAACUACAAAGCGGAAUCGUCGCUUGCAGUACCUUCGCUCCACGCCUGAAUACUUCAGCACUUUGCAUGAACUAGCUGAUGAUUUUGCGAAUCCAAUCGCUCAAGAGGCUGAUGACCCGAUAGGUGGCCCUAUAUCGAAGCACCUUCUUGCAUUUUACGACGCAGAUCGUAGGGCACAACAAGCUUUGUCACAAGCUAGCAAUCUAGUCGAAGAAGAGAGUGAUGACGAGACUGCUGACGACAAGGCUCGCAGAACAGCAGUGGAACAAGUCUUAAGUGGUCAAGCUGAAAACUUUCCCUAUCGACAAGUUGAUUAUGAUGCAUCGCUUGGUGUGAAUGUCACUUCAACACGGGACCAGGAAGAAACAUAUUUUGGCAGCGAGCCUGCAUCAGAGUCAGUCACCGACACAGGGAAGCAGGACUACUAGCACCGUUACUAUAUAUUGGCACAAGAACAGAGUCUUUUCUAUCCGAGCAUGUCAGGCACCUGCUACAUCGCCCUUCUUGUGCAAGGCUUUGGCAGGAAAUGUAUUUACAGAGUCGAAAAGACA